CGGCUCUCCAAGCACCUGUUUGGUUUUGUGGGAGGCAGCGAUGACUCGGCUCCCCACCGCUCCCCUCGGGCGGCUGCAGUGCUGGCAGCCCGACCAGGAACCGGUGGAGGAGGCAGGGGAGAAACUGAGAGAUGUCAUUCAUAUAGCUGUGGAAGGCUUUAUCAGCUCUUGAGGAGACUUUCCCCUGCACACAAACUCGCACCACUCAAGGCUGGAGCUGCAGUGGAGGAAAAUGGAGCCUGGAGAUCUCCUGGCAUUUGUCUCCACAGAAAUGAAUCGUACAACGGUCACCCUGGCUUUGCUGGUGGUCUUCCUGGUCCUGCUGUAUUGGUACUCCACAUCUGCAUUCUCCAAACUAAGCAAAGUAGGGAUCCAACAUCCUCCACCUCUUCCUUUCAUUGGAAACCUGCUCUUUUUCCGCGAGGGCUUUUGGGAAAAUCACACAAAACUCAUAACGGAGUAUGGACCUGUUUGUGGGUACUACAUUGGUCGCCAGAUGUUUGUGGUGGUCUCCACACCAGAGAUGAUCAAGCAAAUCUUAGUGACAGAAUUCAGUAACUUCACCAAUAGAACUAAGCCGAACUUGAUUUCGAAGCCAAUGCUUGACAGCAUCCUUUGUCUUCGUGAUGAGAGAUGGAAGUAUGUCCGGAGUCUCCUGGCCCCAGCUUUCAGCGAUAGCAAACUGAAAGAGAUGACACCGCUAAUAAACCAGGCCUGUGACGUCCUGCUGUGUAACUUGAAAGUCUAUGCAGAUUCUGGCAAAGCUUUUGACAUCCAGAGGUCUUACAACUGCUUUACCUUGGAUGUCGUUGGUAGCGUAGCUUUUGGUACUGAGGUGGAUUCUCAGAAGAAUCCUGAUGACCCCUUUGUUAAGAAUUGCAGAACAUUCUUUGAAAUGUCUUUGUUUAAGCCCCUCCUCAUUCUAAUCCUUUCUUUCCCAUUCAUAAUGAUCCCAUUGCUCCGGAUUUUGCCCAACAAGAAACAAAAGGAAUUGAAUGGAUUUUUUAUCCAAACCAUAAAAAAUGCAAUUGUCUUUAGAGACCAGCAAGAUGCAGCUGAGAGGCGCAGAGAUUUUCUCCAGUGGAUGCUCGACUCCCGCGACUCAGCUGACUCCCUGGCAGCCGGGUGUUUUGAUGUGAUCAGUCCAUCUGCCGCUUCCAGACAGAACAAGGCACCUCUUGCUGGCAGGGCCCCAUCUGAAAAGGUUCAGAAGACGUUAACAGAGGAUGAGAUAGCAGGCCAAGCUUUCCUGUUCCUGAUCGCUGGCUAUGAGACCACCACUAGCACGCUGUCCUUUGCCACGUAUUUGCUAGCCACCAACCCAGAGUGCCAGGAGAAGGUGCUUCAGGAGGUUGAUGAGUUCUCAGCAAAACAUAUGGUCCCUGAUUAUCAAAAUGUACAAGAACUUCCUUAUCUGGACAUGGUGAUUGCAGAGACGUUGCGCAUGUACCCACCUGCAUUCAGGUUCACUCGGGAAGCAGCUAAAGACUGUGUGGUGCUGGGGCAGCGUAUUCCAGCCGGGGCUGUCAUUGAAACCGCCGUUGGACAUCUCCACCACAACCCUGAGCUCUGGCCAGAGCCUGAGAAGUUCAUUCCUGAGAGGUUUACAGAGGAAGCCAAGAAGGAGCGACAUCCCUUUGCAUACCUGCCCUUUGGGGCAGGACCCCGUGGCUGCAUUGGCAUGAAAAUGGGUUUGCUGGAGACAAAAAUUACUCUGCUGAGGAUUUUGCAGAAGUUUCGAUUUAAGACCUGCCCAGAGACUGAGAUCCCUUUGCAGCUGAAAUCAAAAGCCACACUUGGACCAAAAAAUGGAGUCUACAUUACGCUAGAAUCUCGCUAAAAGAAAAUAUACAUCCUGAAGCCUCCUGGGAUGGGACCGCUUGUUCAGUGACUCACUGGGUGUAAUUAUUUUUCAAAACCCCAAAGACAGGUAGGAGCCUAAGUCCCACUGAUGGUCAGUAGGUGCUGCCUCACUGCCCUCCUGUGGGAGAGCCUCCAGCCACUUUUUCAAAUGAGAUGUGGGCUCCACAGUCUUUUUGGUGGUUUUCAAAUUGCUGUGAAUAGUAUCUGUAAAGAAGCAUCCCACUUUCACUUUCUUUUCUACAUUACACUUCCUUUCACUCAUCUUUGAGAACGUUUUCUUCAUGUUUAAGUUCAGUAAACGGAGCAGGUGUUAAGCGUACACACAAUUUACAACAGAUUUUAAUUACAAUUCAUUAUCUCACGCAUCCUUCUCGUGCACUUAGAAGUCUCUACUCUAGAAAAAGCCCAAGAGGCAUCACAGUUAUAGCAGAAGACCUGGGAUCCAGUGCAUUAGAUUUUAGCAUGAACUCUCCUAAAAAUCAAAGCUGAGUGUCCUGCACAAUGUUUAAUCUCUCCCUGUGUCCGUAAAUUGGAAGGACUUGCACCUUCUUCAUGCUUUUGAAGUAAUUUGAAAUACACUUAAAUGAACAGUUUGCACCUGACACAUUGCAUCUACACGACUGAAGAGUAAAGGCUUCUCCUGCUUACCAGAUAAGUAGCUAAGACCGAAGAAAUGUGGUGACAGCCAUUUUUCUGUCUACCAAACUGCUGUUGGAAAGGUGGAGAAAGAGAAGAUAGGAAUUUAAAGAAAGCAGGAGGACCGGAGGAAAUUUAAGGAUACUCAGAAGGUGUUGGUACAACACCUGCUUCACGCUGAGGCCUUUCGUCUCCAAGCACUGCAGUUGGCACCAUCCUUGUCUAGCUCAAGGAAAUGAAGAGCGCUGCAUGCACUAAAGCCAACGGCAGGGGAGUGGAAUCCAGGAUCAUCAGUCGCAGCAGCUCCCUUGAUUCCUUAUGUGGCGCUGCAGCAGGUCACAUCCCAAAGUGCCUCACUUCACUCUAGGAAAGAACUUGUCUGAUUGCCAACUGCAGCAGCACCUUGGAGCCAUUUGUGUGACUGUGAACAUGCAUUUUCACAGACAAAGCAGCAGUACGCUUCCAAUCGUCACAUUCCUUCCAUGCUCUUUCCUGCUCCUCUACAAAGCCCUUCAAUCACCACACACCUAGUGGAGCAUCACACAGCAAUGAUCAACUGACCAGAAAAAAAAAACAACCAAAAAACAUUUCCUUCAGUGGGCACCGCAAACUGGUUGGCUGCACAACAAAACCAUGAGAGGAGACGGUCUCAGGCUCAGGGUCCUUUUUUUCUUUUUUUAAGUUUUUAUAAACAGCAAGAAUUCUUAGAGCAUCAUAAAAAUAAGGAGGCACCUUUUGGUUCUUUCCAAGCGUUGACCUUCUGCCUGCCGACGUACUCUGCUUCAGGUUUCUUUAGGUACAGCAUCUCUCUGGGUGGUGUGCACAGAGACGUGUCAUGGCAGCAGGAGGAAGAGGCUGACUGCUCAGCUUCACGGCAAGGAUUGCUGGAGGGAGCCAUCUGCUCACUGAUCCCUAGCUAGUUCCCGAGUUUCUCUCCAGCAGGCACCUUUUGCUGCCUUCUUCCCACAUGCCGCCUUAACACUGAUCAUAUUGCUGUAUUUUGCUCCUGGAAGAUUUUUGUCUUUCUCUUUCACGGGAUUAUUUUUUUUUUUAAACCAGAACUGUACAGGUAGUAGUAGUAAAGUACCAACCCGGCAGUCUCGGAAUUGUUUGUAUUUCCGUGGAGCAUCUCUGGCAUGCUAAAAAGUGCCCUGUUACAGAUACACUGAUUAUAUAAAUUACUGAUGGAGUGAUCGUUAUUUAUUUGAAAAGCAACAAACUGUAUAUACCCUCAUUUUUACACAUUAUCCGUAAUUUUUCCCUCUUGAAAAUAGUGUGCUAGCAGCUGAUUUACUGCACAACUUAUACAUACAACUGGCAAAAAGUUGGAUGGGCCUUGCCUAAAAACUCUCACCUACCUGAAUGAGCAGGAAGCUCAUGCCAGUCUGAAGUCAGCUGUCGAAGGCUUGUUUGUCCCUUCAAAAUUUUUUUACUGUUUUUCUUCCUUAUGUGAAUCAGCAGGUCAUUGUGUGCUUCAUUUUUGACCAGAUGCUCCAAGCCUAAAUCAAGCUUGUGCCUUUCUUCCAUAUGGACAUGUAUGGACUGUUCUACAGUGUGUCUGAAUGCUGUUUAUAUCCUCAAUAUUUAUCCAAGAAAGUGCCACUAACAUGUAGAGUAGCUGAACAACUGAUAUUUCUGUGUCCAAACAGAGCAUUAUUGUCUUGCAUACCGUGUUAACUCCACUGGAAUAAAGCAGUACUGCAGUGGCUGCAACUGGGCAUCACAUUUUAAAGGCUUGGAAAGUGCACCAAGAGUCUUUCCCAGCCACUUAUAAGUUGAACACGGACGGUAUGCGCUUGACUCUGCACUGACAUUUUUUCAACUGUCCUGCAAAGUUUUCCGGUUAGGAAGUAUUAUCUGUUUCCACCUGUCAGUUUGUAGUGGUAUGGAAUAGAGGAAUUAUUUUUGCAAGCUGACUUGAUUUCCAGAAAUCAAGUCAGAUUUCUGGAAGUGCAUCAUCCCGUGUUCUACAUGCAGGCCUAGCGAGACAGCUCGAGAAGCGAGACGGAGAAAAGGCUGCCAACUUCCUAGUAAUAUAGGAAGAGCCCGAGCCAUCUCCUCCUUUUAAACAACGGCUGCUGAUACAGUCACAAGACACUGCACGGACAUUUUACCAGGACACUUAAUGAUGCUGGCCCUCGCCCUGGCUGUGUGGGCUCAGCAACAUACCUAAAGAAAGAGCCACACUGAGGGACCGGCGCUGCUUUAGCCCCUCUAGAAAAACACAUCGUCAAAAACACACGAUGCGAGACUGACAGCAGCUCUCCAAAACAGAAACUGGUAAUAUCGUGUUAAUCACAGUGUGUCUGCGCAUCCAAAUGACGCAGUCCCAAACUGAUCCUGAGCAGAGUUGCUUUCAGGAGUCAUAAAAAAAGAAACCCUACCAAAAAAAAAAAAAAAAAAGAAA